AAUGGCUUCAAAUGUCAUUGCAUGUCUGAGUCCCACCAGAGGCAAUUGCUGCUGGCUUCUGAAAAUCCUCAGCAAUUCAUGGAUUACUUUUCUGAGGAGUUCCGAAAUGAUUUCCUAGAACUGCUGAGGAGGCGAUUUGGGACAAAGAGAGUCCACAAUAAUAUUGUGUACAAUGAAUAUAUCAGUCAUCGAGAACACAUCCACAUGAAUGCCACACAGUGGGAGACACUGACUGAUUUUACUAAAUGGCUGGGGAGAGAAGGUCUUUGCAAGGUCGAUGAGACUCCAAAAGGCUGGUACAUUCAAUAUAUUGAUAGGGACCCAGAGACUAUUCGCAGGCAACAAGAACAAGAGAGGAAGAAGAAACAAGAUCUUGAUGAUGAAGAAAAAACUGCUAAAUUCAUUGAACAACAAGUUAGAAGAGGUUUGGAGGGGAAAGAACUGGAACAGCCAGUCUAUACUGAAUUGAACAGAGAAAAUGAAGAAGAGAAAGUUACAUUUAAUUUAAACAAAGGACCAAGUACUUCAAUAGCAGCAUCUUCUAAAACAAGCAGUGUCCUUGGAACGAAUGCACUGAAGAUGGUGGAAGGGGCAGUUAAAAGAAAAGAAUCAGCCCAUAGCUCUGGUCAGUCCAAAGAGAAAAAGAAGAAAUCUGCACUGGAUGAGAUUAUGGAGCUUGAAGAAGAGAAGAAAAGAACAGCUCGAAGAGACUACUGGUUGCAGCCUGAAAUUGUUGUAAAAAUUGUAACAAAAAAGCUUGGAGAGAAGUAUCACAAGAAGAAGGCAGUUGUUAAGGAGGUGAUUGACAAGUAUACAGCCGUUGUGAAAGUGAUUGAUUCUGGAGACAAACUGAAGCUUGAUCAGACACAUCUGGAAACUGUAAUCCCCGCACCAGGCAAGAAAGUGAUGGUAUUAAAUGGUGGCUACAGGGGAAAUGAAGGCAUCUUGGAAUCUAUUAAUGAAAAGAGGUUUUCAGCAACAAUAAUCAUCGACUCUGGACCUUUAAAAGGACGGCGAGUUGAAGAUAUCCAGUAUGAAGACAUUUCCAAACUUGCCUGAGGUGCUAAUUGUGGAUCAGAGAAGAUUUUGGUUCCCAAAUACAUCUUUCUGUCAUCUUGCAGGCAGACACAAGACUCUACCAUGUCAGGGUUUUAAUUGUGUGCGUGUAUGUAUUUAUAAUGUAUAUAGAAAUUAACCACAAGCAAACUGGAUUUAUUUAAAGAUCACUAUGGAUUUGUUCCAUAAAGUGUUUGUGGAAAUCUUAUCAGUGGAAAUAUUUCAUCUGAUUCUGUAUCAAAGCUAUGUUAUAAUGUUUGGUUCCAUUUCCUUUUGUAAAAUAUAGCAGAUACCUGCAAGCUGGAGUAUUUUAUUUACUGAAGUAUGUUAGCAGUUCCAUAUGAGAGGGAAUUACUUACAAAUAGCUGCUUGAGGCAGGCAGUGGAGUUUAAACAACACACUUCUCACUCUGCAGCCAAAAUGGAGUUCUGGCUGCAGGAACAAGGGAA